UGUAUCACCUGUAUGUCAUGGUUUAUGCAUUUAUGCAAGUGCAAAUAGUUUAGCUGAUCACGUCUUUGAAACAAAAUGAACAUCAACUUCACAGGUAGAAUUGCUCUCGUUACAGGUGCUGGUAAAGGUAUCGGACGAUGCAUAGCUAUUAAAUUAUCAGAGCUUGGAGCUAAAGUGUUUGCUGUUAGCAGGACAGAAGCAGAUCUUGACAGCUUAAAGGAAGAGGAUUCAGCAAUUGAAACAAGAUGUUUAGAUAUUGGAAACUGGAAAAAUACAAGAAAAGUAAUUGAAGACGUAGGACGAGUAGACCUCUUAGUAAAUAAUGCUGGAAUUGUGAGGCAUAAAUCUGUUCUUGAAGCAUCAGAAGAGUUCACAGACGAACAUUUUGAUGUCAACUUUAAGGCAGCAUUGAACAUAUCUCAGAUCGUCGCCAAAGGAAUUAUUUCACGGAAAGGAAGCGGCGCCAUUGUGAAUAUUUCAAGUAUCUCCGGUAUUCUUACUGCGCCUGGUUUCCCUAUGUAUUGUUCCACAAAAGCAGCCAUAGAUAUGCUUACAAAGUCUAUGGCAUUAGAGUGUGUACCUUUUAAGAUUCGUGUGAACAGUUGUAGUCCAGGUGGAGUACUUACACCGCUGGGUGCGAUGAUUUUGGCCUCACAAGAACAAAGAGAUGCCUUUACAGGAAGAAUACCAAUGGGACGAUUCAUAGAACAAGAAGAAAUUGCCAAUACAGUUGCAUUCCUGCUCAGUGACUAUGCAUCAAUGAUAAAUGGUGCCGUGUUACCUGUAGAUGGUGGACACAUAAUACAUAUGGCACUUAACCCUGUCAAAAAGUAACAAUAAUUCCUUAAUUAAAACACAUAUUCUGACUGGGUGUAUCUUGUACGAUUAUGCAAUUAAGGCAACAAUAAA